AUGGAUAGAACUCAGACGUUUGUUAAAGAAUACCUCUUUACGAAAUGCCUGGAAGAUGCUGAAAAACCCAUCGAUGAAAACAGAUUUCAGGAUACGCUGUUGUUAUUGCCAACUGAUGGCGGAUUAACUUCUAGGCUUCAGAGGCAACGAAAAAAAUCAAAGUUGAACCUUGGUAAUCUGCAAAAGACUUCUCAGUCAGAAGCUACAAACGAAGAGCCAGAGAGGAGAAAUUACCAGAGAAUUAACAAAAAUUCGAAAGUCGCCUUGAGAGAGUAUAUUAAUUCUUGCAAAAAGAGUACGGAAAAAUGUCUGAAACUAGCACAUGAGAAUAAAAUUUCUGAGAAGGCAAAUCUUUUGCACUACAUAGAAGAGAAGCAUCCAACGAUAUAUGAAUCACUUCCACAGUACGAUAGUUUUGUACCGAUGUACAAGGAACUAUGGGUCAAUUAUAUUAGAGAACUCUUGAAUAUAACAAAGAACUUGAAAGCGUUUAAUGGAUCAUCUGCGUUAUUGAAAUUGUCUAUGGCUGACUAUAAUGGAGCACUGCUACGUGUUACAAAUAGCAAAAACAAGACUCUAGUGGGUAUUCAGGGCAUUGUUGUUUGGGACUCUCAGAAACUUUUCAUAAUGAUCGUUAAGGGCCAUCUAGUGGACCAGAUAAAGUGCAUACCAAAAAAAGGUACAGUAUUUCAAUUUGAAAUACCAAUAUCCGAUGACUGUGACUCUGCAUUGAGGUACAGUAUACUAGGUGAUAGGUUCAAAUACAGAAGUGUUGAUCGUGCUGGUAGAAAAUUCAAAAGUCGCCGUUGCGAUGAUAUGCUAUAUUAUAUACAGAAUUAG